UUGCUUCAGUUUCUCAAUAGCAACAGACGGAGGUGGACGCGAGUGUCGCGCGCGCCAUCUACCUCCAGUGAAACUCGUACAACGUAUUGCAAACUAAAUGUGCAUUUAACUGUACGGAUCUGUAUUUAUGAAAUAAAAUGUGUAAAACGCAGUGUGUUUUGGCGUUGUUGGCGCUCUCCGUGGGGGUGGCCUACUCCUGGGACAUAGCCGUGACGUCAGGAGACCGGCUAGAAUUUUUUUUAAGUAAUGGAACUAAAUCCCAAACAGAAGACUCACAGUUCAGAGACCUCACACUGUUAGCUUACGAUGCAGUGCACAACAUGUUACUGUUUGUCGACAGACAGAGCGACAACGCAUCUAUAUUUAGUUUUAACAUUACAAGCAAAAAGUACCAAUCUUUAGUUGCUAAGAAAGCAUAUGAAAAUAUCCAAGGUUUGGCCUUUGACCCAGUAAAAGGUUUGCUCUUCUGGACUGACACAAACGACAGAAGUAUAUACUGGAUUUCAUUAAAGCCUGGAUAUAAGAACCAUCUAUACGGCAAUCUUUUGAUCAAAAUGGAUGAUGAGCUUCCCAGAGCCAUUGCAGUGGACAGCUGUAGAGGGUACGUCUACUGGACUAACACAAACGUUAAGAAGCCUACAAUAGAAAGAGCUCUCUACGACGGCACCAACAGAGAGGUCAUAGUAGACAACAACAUUUUUAUGCCAGUUAGCUUGGCUAUUGACCAGCAGACGAAGAAAUUGUACUGGGCUGAUGAUAGAGAAGGUAUUCAUUAUUCUAUUGAGAGCGCAGAUUUAGAUGGAACGAACAGAAAAACGUUGUUAACUGGAAUACAUCAUCAGCCGAAUACAUUGACGGUCUCAAAGGACUCCAUCUACUGGGUGGACUGGGGCUUCAAAUCCGUAUGGCAACUACCGAAGAACCCGCCGAUAGAGCCGGAGCCUGUGCAGAUUAGUAACUUCAAUCCCGAGACACCUUUCGGAAUUGCUGCUAAUUAUAAAAUUGAAGAUCAAAUUCAAGGAAUUGAGGAAUGCAAAGCACUAAAGAGUCUGCCUCAAAAUAACUCUGAAAUAAGUGACUCUUUCAACAUUCCUAAGGAUGUCGGCCUAUUUUGUGUUCACGGUACUAAAGUUAAUGGGAAACUGCUUUGCAAAUGUACGCUUGGGUACACUGGUGACAGAUGCGACAUUUCAGUCUGCCAGAACUAUUGUUUCCAAGGAGAUUGCGGUGUCAAUGACGUAGGAAAACCAGAAUGCAGAUGUAAUUCUGGUUACUCUGGACAGAGAUGUGAAGUCAAUGAGUGUCAUGGUUAUUGUCUGAACAAUGGAGCUUGUUCUUUGAACGAGAAAAAUGAACGCGAAUGCCAAUGCAUAGGAGACUUCGAAGGGUCAAGAUGUGAGACACCUAAAGUGUUCACUACCACUACAACUUCUACCACUUCCACGUCAACGUCUACACCUACGACUACUACUACGGAUGCACCAGUUAUGGCAGCAGAAACUAACACAAGUUGCCAGUGCAAUAACACUGAUUCAGAAGUUGUAUCAAGGUCAUCAAUAUCGAUGUCUUCGCAAAAUGAUAUCAUAGCGACCUGCGGUGACGGCUGGGACUCCGUGAGAGACCCUAUCAUCAUAAUUCUGGCGAUCAUCUGCAGCGCGCUAUGUUUAGCUUGCGUAGUACUUAUCACAAAAAUUCUGCAGCUGAAGAAGAGACCGAGAAUCAAGAAGCGUAUAAUCGUGAACAAAAAUGUUACGCCGAUGACAGCAAGGCCUGACCAAUGCGAGAUCACCAUUGAAAAUUGUUGCAACAUGAAUAUUUGUGAAACUCCGUGUUUCGAACCGAGAUCAACUAUAAGACCAUCUUUACUAGACUCAAAACCAGGAAAGGAAGAAAAGAAGAAUCUGAUUGCAAAUAUGGAAUAUCCAGAUGACCCAUACUAACAUUUUUUGUUAUUCUUUGUGGCGUACAAUACUUUGGCUAUAACACUAAGGCACAAUAUAUAUAGGGAAUUAUUCAGAAAACAUGGAUUUUUUAAGCAUUGCAGCUGAGGUUAAAUUGAAAAGGUUUGGCCACUUUUUUAUGAUCAGACUGUAAUGUCGGUGCUAAUUUCUGUGGUGGAUAUUACUGCACAAAGUUAUACUCUACUAACUUAACUAGGGUAAAGUUAAAGACUAUUUUUUCUUGAGAAAACUUAACAUUUCAUAUAUAAACAAAGUGUAUAAGAGAAAAAAAUAAACACUGUCAAAAAUUAAGUGGGAAUGUUUUCCAUUUACAUUUUAAACUAUGAGACCUUAAGAAAAGGUUCAUAAUUCAUAAUUACUUUUCUGUACUGAAUAUUCCUUAUAGUAUUGUGCUAAGGUUUACAUAUAUGUGAUAUUCGAUUAAGGAUUGAGAAAUAUGACGCGAAAAACGAUUACAUUAAUCUUUUACGUCGUCUGAGGGCUGUGCAUGAUUGCUAAAAUCUGAGUGCAUGGUAACUAGAUUUUAGGUGUUAUUAUUUAUUUGAGUUCAAUGAGAACAGGCAUAUCGUGGAUACGUAAACCUUAUGGAACAUUGCUAAAAUUUACAUUACAUUACACAUUGUUUGAUUCACAAGGUGCCUUCCUGUUAACUUAGCGAUUAACAUUCUGUUUUGUUCCAAAUAAAUUUGAAUAAAAUGUGAAUUUUAGCAUAGUUCCUAUGAUGUAGGCAUUUGAGUCAAUUUUUCGUUAUUUUUCUCCAUUUCCAAUAUAUCUUAAAUCUCUAUUUAAAUUAUUUUCAAAAUGUCGAUUCCUUUCUUUUCUUUAUUGGUUAAGUUAUAGUGACUUUGUGCCAAAGUUUAUAUCAUUUUUUUAUGAAAUUUGUUGCUUCCUUACACGAUAAUGAAAGAAUAUGAUCGGCUUCUAAUAACGUGAAAUGGUCUCGAAAUGAAAGAUAAUGUAGCAUUUAUAAAUUAUGAAAAAUAGUGUACUUGAAAUAUGGGUGCAGAUUUUUUGUUAUUAUUU